AUAAUACUGCAAAGAGCAAAGUUGAAAGAACAGAAGGGAGGAGGAGGGGAUUUUGUUUUGCAACUCCUUCAAUUUCCGAAAUUGAAAUUGCGUAAACUAUAUAUUUAUAUUGAGAAGUAGAGAGAUAGAGAGGAUUUUUGCAAAAUAAAAUGAAGACUUCUCUGAGAAGAUUGCGAAAUAUUGCACUUCACAGGCACGGUGGGGAAACCAAUGACCAACAAGAUCCUCCGCCUUUGCCUCAAUUUGACGAGCUCGAUCAGGCUUCUCAGGAUAUGCAGGAUAUGAGAGAUUGCUACGACAGCUUACUGUCUGCAGCUGCAGCAGCUGCAAAUAGUGCUUUCGAAUUCUCGGAGUCAUUGCAGGAAAUGGGUGAUUGUCUUGGAAAAACUGCAGUAAAUGAUGAUGAAGAAAGUGGUAAAGUAUUAUCAAUGCUCGGAAAAGUACAGUUUGGACUCCAGAAACUUGUUGACGGCUAUCGAUCUCAUAUAAUCCAGACAAUCACAAGCCCAUCAGAGUCCCUUCUUAAUGAACUUCGAACAGUUGAGGAGAUGAAGCGACAAUGCGAUGAGAAAAGAAAUGUAUACGAGUACAUGGCAAUGAGACACAAAGAAAAAGGAAGAUCAAAAAGUGGGAAAGGGGAGAAUUUCUCCGUACAACAUUUACAAGUAGCACAUGACGAAUAUCAGGAGGAAGCAACUUUACUUUUUUUCCGAUUGAAAUCUCUAAAGCAAGGACAAUCAAGAAGCCUUCUUACACAAGCAGCAAGACACCAUGCUGCUCAGCUGAACUUUUUUAAGAAGGCUCUUAAAUCUCUUGAAGAAGUAGAGCCACAUGUGCAGAAGAUCACUGAAAAGCAGCAUAUUGAUUACCACUUUCAUGGACUUGAAGAUUCUGAAGCAGAAAAUGGAGAUCCUGAUGAAAAUUAUGAAAACGAUGAUGAUGAGAGUGAUGACGACAACUAUGAGGAUGAUGCUGAGGACCACAAUGAUGGUGAAUUGAGCUUUGAUUAUAGACAAAAUGACCAAGAUCAGAACAUGUUUUUUGCAUCACGGCAUUCAAUGGAGUUGGAUCAGGUAGCAUUUCCCCAAGUUGCCAUGGUGGAGGCUGCAAAGGAAAAUCUAGAAAAAGGCCGUCGCCAUUCUUUUUCAUUUAGAGGGGAAAUAAGGACCAGCAGCCAAUCAGCUCCACUUUUUUCUGAGAAUAAAUCUGACCCUUGUGAGAAAAUUCAACCGUUAUCAGCACGAAAGUUUAGCUCAUAUGUAUUACCGACACCAGUUGCUACAGAAAGUUCUAUUGGAUUAGGUAAUCCAGCUCCCCAAUCUUCAAAAGCAAGUUUGAAUGAGCAAUCAAACAAUUCAUGGCAUUCAUCUCCACUUGAACAUAAGAAACAUGAGAUGAUUUUGGGAGAUGAGAAAGUUUCUGGAUCUGCAGUUAUAAAUGCACAGUCUUUUCUCAGAGAGAGCAAUAGUCCUGCCUCUUCAACUCGACUACCCCCUCGAGUUAAUCCAACUGCUGCUUAUUCUAAGAAAAUCAAAUGGCAAUCCUUUUCUGGUCCAUUGAGCAGUAAACCAUGGCCUACCAAAACUGUUUCAGUGGAACAGCCCCAGCUGUUCUCUGGGUCAAUUUUGAGAAAUCCAAUGCCUCAACGAUCAGCAGCAUCUCCAAAAGCAUCACCAAGUGCUUCCCCUACUUUUAUUUCCUCACCUAAAAUAAGUGAGCUUCAUGAACUUCCUAGACCGCCAGCCAGUCCAGCCGCGAAGUCUUCAAGACCUUUAGGCUUUGUAGGUUAUUCAGGUCCCUUGAUGCCUAGAGGUCAUGGGCUCUCUGCUACAAAUACAUCGGUGAUGUCAAGAGCUGCCUCUCCACUGCCACAACCUCCGCAGGUUGUUACUCGCAGUUUCUCCAUACCCUCAAGCACUCAUAGAGUGGUGUCAUUACCUGUGUCCAAUCCACUGGAAACUGCCAUCAGUUCAGGGAUGUCUCAAGAUGUUGCCUCACCUCCUUUGACACCAAUAUCUUUAUCUUGAAUCUGGCCAUCAUCAACUUGUUCGCUGACUGUUGAUAGGAAAUGGUUGAUUAAAACUAAUUGUAGUACUGAUUUCAUUCCUGACCCACAAGUAAGAUUUGUGACUCCUAUAUUGAACACGUGUAGCUGUGCAUAUUGUCAAUUAAUAUUUCCUAUAAUCAUUGUUAUAUAUUUUAGCACUUCUCGUCUAUUACAAUGAAUGCUUGGCAUGGAUGCUUGCCAUGUUUUCCAAGUUUUGAGAAAUUUUGUAUCUUCUCCCGGGCAUUAAUAGACAAUUGAAUUAUUUUACUCUAUGCAAA